UCUGACACAAUUACGGCCACAACUUCUGGUACCAUGACAGUCACAUCUUCUGACACAAUUACGGCCACAUCUGACACAAUUACGGCCACAUCCUCUGACAGCAUUACACCCACAUCUUCUGAUACCAUUACAGUCACAUCUUCCGACACAAUUACGGCCACAUCUUCUGACAGCAUUACACCCACAUCUUCUGAUACCAUUACAGUCACAUCUUCUGACACAAUUACGGCCACAUCUUCUGAUACCAUGACAGUCACAUCUUCUGACACAAUUACGGCCACAUCCUCUGACAGCAUUACACCCACAUCUUCUGAAACCAUUACAGUCACAUCUUCUGAUACAAUUACGGCCACAUCUUCUGACAGCAUUACACCCACAUCUUCUGAUACCAUUACAGUCACAUCUUCUGACACAAUUACGGCCACAUCUUCUGAUACCAUGACAGUCACAUCUUCUGACACAAUUACGGCCACAUCCUCUGACAGCAUUACAUCCACAUCUUCUGAUACCAUUACAGUCACAUCUUCUGAUACAAUUACGGCCACAUCUUCUGACAGCAUUACACCCACAUCUUCUGAUACCAUUACAGUCACAUCUUCUGACACAAUUACGGCCACAUCUUCUGAUACCAUGACAGUCACAUCUUCUGACACAAUUACGGCCACAUCCUCUGACAGCAUUACAUCCACAUCUUCUGAUACCAUUACAGUCACAUCUUCUGAUACUAUUACAGUCACAUCUUCUGACACAAUUACGGCCACAUCUUCUGAUACCAUGACAGUCACAUCUUCUGACACAAUUACGGCAACAUCUUCUGAUACCAUUACAGUCACAUCUUCUGACACAAUUACGGCCACAUCCUCUGACAGCAUUACACCCACAUCUUCUGAUACCAUUACAGUCACAUCUUCCGACACAAUUACGGCCACAUCUUCUGACAGCAUUACACCCACAUCUUCUGAUACUAUUACAGUCACAUCUUCUGACACAAUUACGGCCACAUCUUCUGAUACCAUUACAGUCACAUCUUCUGAUACAAUUACGGCAACAUCUUCUGAUACCAUUACAGUCACAUCUUCUGACACAAUUACGGCCACAUCCUCUACAUCUUCUGAUACCAUUACAGUCACAUCUUCUGACACAAUUACGGCCACAUCUUCUGAUACCAUGACAGUCACAUCUUCUGACACAAUUACGGCCACAUCCUCUGACAGCAUUACACCCACAUCUUCUGAUACCAUUACAGUCACAUCUUCCGACACAAUUACGGCCACAUCUUCUGACAGCAUUACACCCACAUCUUCUGAUACCAUUACAGUCACAUCUUCUGACACAAUUACGGCCACAUCUUCUGAUACCAUGACAGUCACAUCUUCUGACACAAUUACGGCCACAUCCUCUGACAGCAUUACACCCACAUCUUCUGAUACCAUUACAGUCACAUCUUCUGAUACAAUUACGGCAACAUCUUCUGAUACCAUUACAGUCACAUCUUCUGACACAAUUACGGCCACAUCCUCUGACAGCAUUACACCCACAUCUUCUGAUACCAUUACAGUCACAUCUUCCGACACAAUUACGGCCACAUCUUCUGACAGCAUUACACCCACAUCUUCUGAUACCAUUACAGUCACAUCUUCUGACACAAUUACGGCCACAUCUUCUGAUACCAUGACAGUCACAUCUUCUGACACAAUUACGGCCACAUCCUCUGACAGCAUUACACCCACAUCUUCUGAUACCAUUACAGUCACAUCUUCUAGAGCAUUACACCAACAUCUUCUGAUACCAUUACACAUUACACCCACAUCUUCUGAUACCUUUUCAGUCACUUCUUCUGACACAAUUACGGCCACAUCUUCUGAUACCAUUACAGUCACAUCUUCUGACACAAUUACGGCCACAUCUUCUGACACGACUACGGCCACAUCUUCUGAAACCAUUUCAUCUGAUACCAUUACAGUCACAUCUUCUGACACAAUUACGUCUACAUCUUCUGAUACCAUUACAGUCACAUCACUUCUUCUGAUACAAUUACGGCAACACCUUCUGAUACCAUUACACAUUACACCCACAUCUUCUGACACCAUUACCAUCACAUCUUCUGACACAAUUACAUCCUUAUCUUCUGACACUAUUACUGCCUCAUCCACUGCCACAAUUACGGCCACAUCUACUGACACCAGUAAAGCUACAUCUACUGACACCAGUACAGCUACAGCUACUGACACCAUUACAGCCGCAUCUACUGACACCAGUACAGCCACAUCUACUGACACAAGUACAGCCACAUCUACUGACACAAGUACAGCCACGUCUACUGGUACCAGCUCAGGCACAGCUACUGGCACCAUUACAACAACAUCUACUGACACCAUUACAGCCGCAUCAACUGGCACCAUUACAGCCACAUCUACUGGUACCAUUACAGCCACAUCUACUGACACCAGUACAGCCACAUCUACUGACACCAUUACAUCCACAUCUACUGACACAAGUACAGUCACAGCUACUGGCACCAGUACAACCACAUCUACUGACACCAUUACAGUCGCAUCUACUGACACCAGUACAGCCACAUCUACUGACACAAUUACAGCCACAUCUACUGACACAAGUACAGCCACGUCUACUGGUACCAGCUCAGCGACAGCUACUGGCACCAUUACAACAACAUCUACUGACACCAUUUCAGCCGCAUCAACUGGCACCAUUACAGCCACAUCUACUGACACAAGUUCAGUCACAGCUACUGGCACCAGUACAACCACAUCUAUUGACACCAUUACAGCCGCAUCUACUGGCACCAGUACAGCCAUAUCUACUGACACCAUUACAACCACGCCUACUGACACCAGUACAGCCACAGAUACUGUUAUCAGUAAAGCCACAACUUUUCUCACCAGUACAGCCACUGCUACUCUCACCAGUACAGCCACAGCAUGA